UUGGCAUCGAUCCCUCGACCACCCUCAGUCAGCAUGUAGCACACAACCCCGUCCUUUCGGCCUUUCGCGAUGUUAAAAAAUGGUUGAUUUCAAACACCUCCUAAACGCUCCGAUUAUCGCCAAAAAAUCCGUUCUAGUUCAACGCAAAUGGCGCAAGAGAAAAAAUAAAGUGUGCAAGACCGAACUGUCAAAUGACAUUGCACGUGUUUGCGGCCAUGAAACUCCAAGAGCCAGAAAACGCUGCAUCAUCUUUAUUGUUAUCAUAAUUAUUAUCAUCGCUUGCAUCGCCUUCGCCUAUCAUUAUGGGUUCCUAAGUUCAAGCAAGGAGGAAGAAGAGCUCAGACCCCCAAACCCUGAGAAAGCCCUACCACCAUCGGCUUCCGUCUUGAGGCGCUUCAAAAGGGCUGCCGUGUGUGCAGACGGGGCAACGUGUGCAAAAAUCGGAAGAUCAAUCCUAGACCAGAAUGGCAGUGCUGUGGACGCCGCCAUCGCCACGUUAUUCUGCAACGGGAUUUACACCAUGCAGAGUAUGGGUCUUGGGGGCGGCUUCCUCAUGACCAUCUACAUCAAAGACCAAAACAAAGCCUACACUCUAAACGCUCGCGAAAAAGCCCCCUUGAAAGCCACACCCGACUUGUACAAAGACGACCAAUUUAUUUCCCGAAAAGGGGCUCUAGCCAUCGCAGUGCCCGGCGAACUCAGGGGCUAUCAAGCGGCCCACGAAAAAUUCGGCAAACUCGAAUGGUCAAAGCUGGUCGAACCCAGCAUAGAAUUGUGCGAAAAAGGCUACAACAUGUCCAAACACCAGCACGAAUCCUUGAAAGAGGCCAGGAUUGUGAACGAUACGAAUUUGAAGGAGUGGUUUUUCGAUUCUGAGGGUAAAUUCAAAAAAAUGGGCUCGACAAUAGUUCCGAAAAAAUUAUGUGAGACGUUACGAUUGAUUGCGAAAAGUGGCGGUCACGACCUUUACAAUGGCACUUUAAGCAAGAUGUUGGUAGAAGACUUGGAGGAAAUCGGUAGUAUUAUAACCAAAGAAGAUUUAGAAAGUUACCAGGCCGAAUGGAUGGACCCCAUCGAAGUGGAGCUCCGCCACCACGAAAAACUCUAUUCCGUUCCGCCACCAGGCUCAGGGGCCCUUCUAGCGUUUAUUUUAAGCAUCCUGGAUGGGUUCAAAUUCAAACCACAUGAUCUGGAAGGCGUUCAGAACACAGUUCAGACGUACCACAAAAUAAUCGAGGCUUUUAAAUACGCGUACGCCAAAAGAACUGAAUUAGGUGAUACUAACUUUGUACACAUUUCUGAUUUAUUACGUAAUUUAACUUCGCACGAAUAUGCCGAAAGUAUCAGGAAGGAAAUUCAGGAAAAUUCGACCAGUAAUGAUCCCAAAGACUACGGAGCGGUUUUUUACAGCAAGGAGGACCAUGGCACAGCUCAUAUCUCCGUUCUGGCCGAAAAUGGGGACGCAGUCUCGGUCACAAGCUCCGUCAAUUUGUAUUUCGGGGCCGGUCUGACGUCGCGCCAAACGGGCAUUAUUCUGAACAGUGUCAUGGACGAUUUUUCAUUCCCCAAUUUCCAAAAUUAUUUCAAUUUGCCUGGAUCUCCCAACAACGAACUGAGGCCUGGAAAACGGCCGUUGUCCUCAAUGAGCCCCACUAUCCUGGUGGACGAGCACGGGGACGUAAAACUGGUUCUGGGGGCUUCGGGGGGCACGAAAAUCACCACAUCUGUGGCGCUGGUAAUUAUGCGCACGCUCUGGUUCGGCCAGAACAUCAAAGAGGCCAUCGACGCCCCUCGAAUCCACCACCAGCUCUACCCAAUGCAAGUUCAGUACGAAUAUGGCACAUUACAACAAGUAGUCACUGGUUUGGAGGCCCUAGGGCACAAGACUAGCCGUUACACCGACGCAGGCUCCAUAAUUUGUGCCCUUUACAACACCUCAGGCCUAAUCCAAGCCAACGCUGACCACCGCAAAGGCGGCGAUGUUUACGGACUGUGAAUUGUUUUGUUGCACUUCCCCUGUUUUCGCCAUUAAUAAAUUCUAAUUUAGUGA